UCUGGUUUUUCUUCUGAAAGCCUUUGGAAAUGUGUUUCUUUCCUUGAUGGCUUUUAGAUUCACUUUUAUAACAGCUGGAUAACUGCGGCAGCACAAUUAGUAGUAAAAUAAUGUCUCCCGAGACGUAUUCUUGGGGUGAAAUCAGGCCUAGAGGAGCCACCUUAAGAAAAAGUAAUUUAGACUGACGGAAGCGCACGUGGGAACUCAGGAGGGGGCGGAGCUUGGGGUCCACGCGGAGCUGAGGCCGAAGUCCCUGUCUAUUUGCGCGUGCGCAAUGUGAAUUUACCAACUGCGGUGGAUCAGUGCAGCAUGGAAUUCCGCUCCGCACGGCGAGCAAUACUUCAGUUGCUAGACACUGUGGCUCCGGCAGAUCGACCGGCGCUCCUGCGCUGGAUGCGAACUACGCGAGAUUUUGAUGAAUUCACUCAAGACAAUAAUGAUAUUAUAUUGAAAAACAUAGCAGAUGACCUUCGAAAUUGCCUACCUCUAGAAACCAUGCUUGCCUCAGAACCUGUAGCUCUUCAAAAAAUACAGGAGCAGCCAGAACCCACAGUUCACGUUGAUGCAUUCCUCUACGAUGAAGACUUUAUUGAUUCAUUAUGUGAGGAAGGAAGAAUGAGCAGAAACUACUGUACAGUGUGUGGCUCGCACCAGACAGCACCUUUAGGCUUCAUUUCUCAUUCCUUCUCCCUCAUGGAAUUGAAGUUCAUUUAUCAUCACGUACUCCCUGAUCUGUCGGGAAAGGUCCUGGUGGACAUUGGCUCCAGACUUGGCACAGUCCUCUAUGGGGGUUACCUUUAUAGUUCAGCACUGCAGCUGUAUGGAGUAGAACUGAAUGGAGAUUUUUGCCAGUUACAGGAAAUGGUCAUUAAAAAAUAUCAGUUCAGUGACAGAAUAACGGUGAUCCAUGCAGACAUCUGUACCCAGGGUUCACUUCUACACAAUGCUGAUGUUGUUAUAAUGAAUAAUGUCUUCGAAUAUUUUCUUAAGGAAACAGAACAGGCCAGCACCUGGGAGUAUAUCAGCCAUAACCUAAGGAAGCCAGGAUCAUUACUAGUGACAGUACCAAGCCUUGAAGACACUCUCGCUGCUCUUCAGACUAAUAUACAGUUAUCCUCCUGGGUUGAAGAGGUACAACUGAACUAUGAUGGCUGCUCACAAAAGGAUAUUGACAGAGAAGCUCUUGAACAAAUUCAUUUAUAUAAGAUUCUCUAGCACUGAAAUGGUCCUCCCCACUGUAAUGUUUUGUUGAGUGUAUUACAAAAUGAAAAAGAAGCUGGAUGUGGUGGCACCUGACUGUAAUCCCAGCACUUGGGAGGCUG